AAUGUGUUGAAACAGCUGAUCAGAUGCCUCUGAUCUUAAGCCACAUGGCUAUCUUCGAUUUCCCUUAAAUGUAUCAGUUUCUUCUUCCUCAUUAAUUCUGUGAUAUCAUUCUCCUCUUCAAACACCAAUCUCUAAUCUCUCAUAUAGUUCAUACAUCGCCAGAUCCAACUUGACCUCUCUUUCCUUCUUCCUCUUCAUUAUUCUGUCCACCUGCAGCCAACCUCUACACACACGCAUAUAGACAUAAAACAUGCUUCUUCAACCUAUUUUCCUUUCUGUAAUCUCCUUCGUAUUCUGGUCGCGUUGGACACUUCACGGCGUCGUUUCGGAUCCACAGGCCAAUCUUAUGUACACCCGCUGCUCACCAUCUGCCAACCAAGUGGUCUUGCCCAACUUAUCCAUCUUCCAUGAAAACGUAAACGCAACGUUUCGAGAGAUCAAAGAGAAUAUCGUCUCUGAGAACAAGUACUUGGCGACGGCAAGGAAAGCCAACGCAGAAAACCCUGUUUCCACACUUUUUCAGUGUAGAAACUAUAUCUCCAUUCCCGACUGUGUCGCCUGCUUCGACGUCGCAGCCCGGCAAGUCCGUAAGUGUCCUCCGGCGGCACAAGGUGCCGGCGUUGUCUUCGAUGGCUGCUUCCUCAGGUACGAGACCAAUGCCUUCUUUUGGAAGACAACGGAGGAUUUCACUGCCGUAUCAUGUGGAAAUCAAACUGUAGGAGAAUCCAUUACAUUAUUUACCCUCACUUGUGCAACAACUGCUGAAGAAUCUGCAAACAACAACACCCAAAAGCAAGGGUUUUUUGCAGCCACAAAGAUAGAAUUGCCUGAUAAUAAUGGUACAACUGUUUAUGGCUUUGCUCAAUGUAUUGAAACUGUCACUCCAAACGGCUGUUUCAAUUGCUUGAACACUGGAUAUGACAAUAUUAUGGCCACUUGUCUUCCCAAUUCGGAUGGUAGGGCUUAUGCUGAUGGAUGUUUCAUGAGAUACUCCACCUCUUCCUUCUUUCCACAUUAUUACCAGCCCAUUGAUAUUACUUCCUUGGGCAAACAAGGUUCAAGUAAAAAGGGGGCCGUCAUCGGGGGAGUUGUUGGAGGAUUUACUCUUGUUAUGAUCCUCAUGAUAUUAUUUAUCUGUAUUAGACGAUCAAAAUACUCGAAGAGAAUUCACAGAGGGGGCAUCACUAUUGCAACUAUGUCGAAAGGCCUGAUUUCUUACAGUUAUAAGGAUUUGAAGUUGGCAACCAAGAAUUUUAGGGAAGAAAAUAAACUGGGAGAAGGAGGGUUUGGUGUUGUAUACAAGGGUACUCUGGAAGGUGGGAAAGUAGUUGCAGUCAAGAAAUUAAAUUUUCGCCAAUUCACAAGGAUGGAGGAAGAGUUUGAGAGUGAAGUGAAGUUGAUAAGUAAUGUUCAUCAUCUAAAUCUUGUUCGACUUCUAGGAUGUUGCAGUGAAGGACAAAACAGAAUUCUUGUUUAUGAAUAUAUGAAAAAUAAUAGUCUUGACAGGCACCUAUUUGGUAAAGGGAAGGGUUCUCUCAACUGGAAGCAAAGGUGUAACAUAAUUUUAGGAACAGCAAAAGGGUUGGCUUAUCUACAUGAGGAGUUUCAUGUUCGUAUCAUACAUAGAGAUAUAAAGACUAACAACAUCCUUUUAGAUGAUAAUUUACAGCCUAAAAUUGCUGAUUUUGGAUUGGCGAGGCUUUUGCCUGAGGACAAAUCUCAUCUCAGCACAAAAUUUGCAGGAACAUUAGGAUACACAGCACCUGAAUAUCUUAUUCAUGGCCAAUUAUCAGAGAAAGUUGAUAUCUAUAGUUAUGGUGUUGUAGUCUUAGAAAUCAUUAGUGGUCGACAAAGUAAAGAAUUAACCAUCGAUGGUGAUGAUGAGGGUCAAUUCCUCCUUCAAAUGGCUUGGAAAUUAUAUGAGAGAGAUAUGCACCUAGAGUUGGUGGACAAAACCUUAAGCCCUUUUGACUAUGAUGAAGAAGAAGUGAAGAAAAUGAUAGAGAUUGGUUUGCUUUGCACUCAAGCAUCUACAGAAGGAAGGCCAAUGAUGUCUGAAGUAGUUGUUUUGCUCCAAAACAAGGAUUUGUUAGAGAAUAGGAAGCCCACUAUGCCUAUCUUGAUUGAAACUAAUUAAAGGUAUAUGGAAAUACUUCCUUUAAUCACCCACCCACACACACACACACACACGAGGCAUUUUUUAAACCUUUUUUUUUUGUUCCCUUUUAUUAGUCACUUUAUAAGAUUGUUGGAGCAUUAUAUAUUUUUCAUUUAUGCCUUGUAAUGGAGACCAUGAUGUAGAUAUGGUAAAAGAAGGUAAAAAUUAAUGUGAUAUAGUGGAAUUUAGUGUAGUUAAUAAUAAUAUUGAAAAUUAUAUUAA